GGACCUGUUUUGUUUGGCCCAUCUCAGGAUGGGUGUCAUCACACCACAGCAACCGUCCAGACUCAACACCACCCUCCUCAGCUCUCUGUCCACUCUGACCUACCUGCUUGCUUGCUGACCACCCUCUCUGCAGGAUGACCUCUCUGGACUAUGACGAGGUGACCUCAUUCCUGGGCGAAAGAGGCCCGUUCCAGAUCACUAUAUUCAUCCUCCUCAGCCUCAGCACCGUGCCCAAUGGCUACACUGGUAUGGCCAUGGUGUUCCUUGCAGACACGCCCAGCUACCGCUGCAGGACAUCCCACAGAAACGGGACCAGUGCCAACCUGAGCCUGGCAGAAGAUGGCAGAGGAGGCGGCUGCCUCAAGUACCAGCUUCUGAACGGGAGCAGCAAUGCCACAGAGCCGUGUGUGGACGGCUGGGAGUACAGCAACGAGCGCUACGACUCAACUAUAGUCACUGAGUGGGACUUGGUCUGUGAGGAUGCCUGGAAGGUGCCCUUCAGUCUGACCAUCUUCUUCCUGGGUGUGCUGAGUGGAUCGUUCUUGUCUGGAGAACUGUCCGACAGGUUCGGACGUAAGGUGGUUCUGUUCGCCACUAUGGCCAUCCAGACUCUGUCCAGUCUGGUCCAGGUGGCCUCCGUUAGCUGGGAGAUGUUCUGUGUGUUUUUCUUCCUCGCCGGCAUUGGGCAGAUCUCCAACUACAUGGCAGCCUUUGUCCUAGGCUGUGAGCUGCUGGGGAGAAAUUUGCGUGUGGUGUACUCAGUGCUGGGCACGUGUGUGUUUUAUGCACUGGGAUAUGCUUUCCUGCCCCUCUGUGCCUAUUUGGUGAGGAGCUGGAGGCUUCUUCUGGCUGUCCUCUCUCUACCUGGACUGCUCUACAUCCCCCUCUGGUGGUUUAUUCCAGAGUCUCCGCGCUGGCUGCUGGCUAAGGGCCGGGUCCAAGAAGCAGAGGACAUCAUUAGAGCAGCGGCCAGGAAAAAUGGCAUCACUCCACCUGAGGUCAUUUUCAAGGAUUCAGAGCUACUCAUCUCUGAGAAGAGCGAACCCAAAAGCACUGAUGUCUCGUACACGUACAUGGACCUAAUCAGGACCCCUAAGAUGAGGAACAUAACUGUGCUCAACAGUGUCGUAUGGUUCAUCACCACCAUCACUUACUUUGGCCUGUCUCUGAGCACUCCUAACAUGAAUGGAGACCCGUAUCUGAACUGCCUGCUCUCCGCUCUCAUGGAGGUGGCAGCCUAUGUGCUGGCUUGGCUCCUGCUGAAGCUGCUGCCCAGGAAAGCGCUCAUUACAUUCCCACUGCUAACCGCUGGCCUGGUCCUGCUGCUCACCCAUGCUGUCCCUCCAGAGUACAGUGGACUGAGUGUGGCUCUGGCUAUGGGGGCUAAGCUGGGGGUCACUGCAGCAUUCUCUGUGCUCUAUAUCUCAGCGGUGGAGCAGUUCCCCACGGUGGUGCGGGGCAUGGGCAUGGGCGUCUGCUCCAUGUGCUCAAAAACUGGCAGCACCAUCGCUCCUUUCUUCCCCUACCUCAGUCACUAUGAUCGGAUUCUGCCCUACAUUCUGAUGGGGGCGCUGACCGUGCUAGCUGGGCUGCUGAGUAUUCUGAUGCCGGAAACACGAGGCGUGCCCUUGCCUGAGGACCUCUCUCAGGUGCAGACUCUGAACUGGUGCUGCUGCUGUUGUAGACCAGCAUGUUCAAGAAAGAGCCGGAAAACGGAGAGAGUGCAAAAGCUGCAGCCAACUGUGUGAUCUGAGACACGCUACCUCAAGGACAGUCGAGUACUUGACUUCAGUGUACAGAAAAGUGAGAAUUAACUUAGCUGUGUGAAGCAUUUCCUCAGGAAUGAAGUGUUUACAUGAUCACUUUUCAGUUUACAUUACUUUAAACAAUAAUAAUGUUGAUGUAAUGUAUUUUAUUCCUGUGGAAAUUAUUUGCGAACACCUUCAUUUGAACCCUGCCCCAUAAGAUUGACAUAUCCAUACCAGAAACAUGUCAUGGCAGAUGUCAUGCUUUCAUAAGCUGUCAUGACAGAUUUUAUUAUGUCGUAGAACCAGAGCUGGUUUAAGGGGAGCCUGGCCUCUUCCUGUUUCUCCUGUUGUAUCAAAAACAUGACUGCAAAACUCCAGAGGGCGCCUGCAAGCAAGUCCUAAAUGAAUGGGAGUGAAUAGAGCUAAAAAUGAAAAGUGUAAAUUAAAUAAAGAUAAACAGUUUCUAAGCAUUUGUCGAGGAGCUACUUUAAUUUUGGAAAUUUUGAAAAAAUUUGACUACAUAUUUCUUCUGCAGCAAACAGGUUUUGGGAGGUGGGAUGCAAGCAUUACUGCUACUGGGUGC